GUAGGAGAUGACCUUCGUAUGGAUGCCCUCAUCUGCCAUCUCAUGGAAGUUGCAGACUCCAUCUGGCUGUCUGCCGGUCUGGACUUUCGAAUGGUCCAUUUCAAGGUCCUGCCUAUCAGUCCUGACUGUGGUGUUGUAGAACUGACCUGUCAUGCAUGCAACAGCUUGUCCGUCUCUACCCAUGAAGAUCACCAGCUUUCACUGCAAAAUAUGGGUGUGAAUUGGUGCACACGUCCGGGUCUGUAUCGGCUUCAGAUUCUCUCUCUCGUUGCCACCAUUUUCGGGUCCAAGAUAUUCUCACGGGCCCAGUGA